AAUGCUAAGUCAGAGCUUAAUUAUGUGGAUCCAAAUAUUUACCAAGAAGAUUUCUUAUCAAUUUUUAAUAAAAUCUCAAGUUCUAUUGAAGAUGGCACUGAUUUAUUUAGUGAAGAAGAUUCGUUUUCUAUUCAGAAAGAACUUACAGAAGAACCGAUAGAAGAUACAGAAGAUCUCUCGGAAGAGAAUUUAGCUGGAGAAAAUUCCGUAAAUUUAGAAAUCAAAAAUCCCAUAAAUUUAUCAUCCAAAUUAGAGCUUAGUGAGUUGUCGUCAAGUGUAAUUGAAGAAAUUAUACAUGGAGAUAAAGAUUUUGAUGUAGACAAAUUGCUUUAA